AGAGAAGAUCCAUCUCAAAGAGCCUGAAAUUUCUUGUUCUUCUUCUCUUGCAGCUUAAGGCCAUUCAUUAGUAGGCGAUUGCCUUCCACGAGGUUCGAGUACUGUUAAGCAAACUACAACAAGCCUGCAGCUCAGCAUUGUCCACUUGUCGUGGAUAACAGAAGAGCCUAGACACCAUAUGCAAAUGUACUCCGAAUACAAUGCAUACUUCUAUUCCAUCCUAGCAAGAAGCCCAUCCGUCCGCUUAGAGAACCGACUCCACAAUGACAUCAGAUUGAAACUCCAAAUUAAACAACCAGAAGAAGCCAACCGAUGGAGAAAUCCAUCGCAAGAUCCGGCAGUAUGAAGGUGAGGGCAAUGAAGCUUUUUGGGAGCGUUGGUUCAUCCGCCUGUCACCCAGCAAUCCGGUCCGUCUGGAUCAGCUGGAUAAUAGACGAAACCGUCGCCUGCGACGGGCCUUUAAUUGGUUACUGUCGAUUCCUGGCCUUUGGCCAAACGGGAUGCGAAUCAGCAUGCUUCACCGGCUGAUCGCCAGGGGAUGUAUUAAAGUGAGUUGAUAUCUCAACCUUUUCCUUGCUGAUUACCACUAUAUAGGAGAAUGUCACCUAUUUGACCAUAUUGAAGACUUCUGGACUUCCGUAGUUGCCUUGGAUCGCGGUAGCAUGAAGAAGAUUGAUUCAGACACGGUUGACGCCCUGCAGUUGCUGGCGCCAGGUAAAUCCCGAACGGACGCCGGAACGGCCCGUGGGCGGAUCUUGGGUGGUCAGGCAUUCGCAGAAUUCAGUGACGAAGAACGAAGGGUCAUCUGGAGUAGGUUCGAGAAGGUUGACAGGCUUGUUCCGUCUUUGCAUACGUUUUUUUUUUGGAGAUUUAAAGUAUCUGGAAACCUGCGAGUCUGUGUGGAAGACCAUGAGCUCAAUGUAUCAAAGCCAAUAGAAAAAUCGUUUUCGUCUUUCGUGUUUCAAUUACCAGGACGAGCCAUCACGUGGUUAGAGCCUAGAUGGUGGAAAUCGGAAAGUACGUUGGCGCUAACAUAAGCGGCCAUGAGGAAUGACGCCGAAAAGGUCCCCACAACUGCUUAAGAGGGGAUGUCUAAGCGUGAGCAGUUGUCCAAUCAAUACCCUGGUCAGCUGUCGUUCACGCUGUUUAUCUUUCCUCCUGCGACUUUCCCUGCCCCUCUUCAGCGAGAUGAACUUAAUUCCCAAGGAUACGAGUUGGAAAUAUGGACAACAUCCUUCCCCUCAGCAUACCCCACUACCAGCUCGAGGUCCCGUUCUUCGGCCACGAUGUUUACGAUAAUCUCGGCUUCAUCACCUACCCCAAUCGUCGAGGCUGGGACCCCCGCCACCUCCGGGACGGAAAUUACGGAGAGCGAUCAUCUAUUGACGCAGCGUCGUUCGCUCAGGCAUGGCUGUUCUUCGGCACAAUAAGCGAAGUCACGGGGGUACCGGUACGAGGAACGGGCUUUAUUGACGUUUCCGAGCCUGACGGCCGUCUGCUUGUCACAACUCAGCAUCUACCGUUCUAUCUUGAGAUCUGGCGCGCGAAGGCAACGAGAGCUAGUAGCACUGCGAGACAGAAAAGAGAAACGCGCGAGCAAGCAAAGAUGUGUCUCGAUUUCCUGAUAACGUGGAUACCACCUGUUCUCCUCGUCCCGGAGCACCCCGAGGUCGCCGUUUCCAUAGAGAUCCUCCUUGUCACGCUCGUCAACUCGUUCAAGGAAAUCUACGGCCUCGAAACGUGGGAGGUCCCGUCAGCUAUUACAGAAAAUAAAGAAGAGCGUGUUCCCCUGCCUGGCAACAAUCAGGGAAUUCAUAAGUACCUCAAGGCUCGCAUGGUGGCUCAAGGCUGGUGUCCAUAUCGGCUUGAGAGUUUUGCUUAUGGCCUUCCUAACGAUGCCCUAUAUACACUGAGUUUAAUGGGUACGAGUGAUCUGCGCAGCGGCCACGACAACUGUAAUGAAGAUGUUUGCGUGGGAAACUAUGUUGAUGACAAGACGUAUAAUGAGACGCCGCGACAUGCGAGAGAGGGCUGUAAGUGCGGUUUUGUGAGGGCGGAUGUCGAGAAGGCGAUAAGUAUCAUUGAGCAAGGGCAGAUACCUAUUGCGACGGUCAACAUAGAUUCAGAGAAACAAGUGUGUCUGGAAAUAACCCCGUACAAGCCAGGGAUGAUAUAUAUUGCCAUUUCCCAUGUGUGGGCCCAUGGCCUCGGUAACCCGGAUGAAAACGCUCUCCGAAGCUGCCAGCUCCUGGAACUCGACAAACUCCUCAAGCGUACGCACGAAGACCAAAACAUAAGAGAUACAAGCACAGAUAUUAAGACUAUAUACUUUUGGAUCGACACACUCUGCCUCCCUGUCCGCCCCCCGCACUGCCGAAAAGCAGGCAUCAAGCAAAUGCGCAGCUGCUAUGAAGCUGCAGCUGCAGUCCUGGUCUUGGACAAGCACCUCCGCCGCUGCACAAUCUACAGCCCCACUGUAACCACCGAACUACUCCUCCAGAUCGCGAUUUCGGACUGGCGGUUUCGCGUCUGGACCCUUCAGGAAGCCAUCUUCGCAAAGAAUCUGAUCUUCCAGUUCCUUGACGGGCCAGUCGACGCCGAGGAGCUGAUUAUCGCACACUAUUCCAGUCCUGCCUGUGAUAAUUUUACCCAUAUCAACAUGUUCCUCCAAACGAAUAUACUCGUCGCUUUGGGUUUGGAUCCGUUAGCCGAGAGCAAGAAGUUGCGCGUACAACAUUACUCGCUAUUGACUCUCUUUUUAUCCUUACAGGGCCGCGCAACCAGUAAGCAAGAAGACGAGCCGGUUUGUUCGGCGAGUCUCCUGGGGCAGGACAACGUUCUUGACGCAGUGCUGGAGUGCCGGACGGAGGACCGGAUGAAAGAAUUUUGGCGCACGCAGGGUUCCAUUCCAGCGUGGGUGCCAUUCCUUGAUGGUCCCAAGAUAGAAGAGACGGGGUAUAGGUGGGCGCCGUCGACACUUAGGAGUCAGCUUCGGUCGUUGACAGGGACGCCGAUUCUACCGGAUUAUUUUUUUGAAUCGACAGAGUCGGCAACCGGAUCCAAGAUUCGGGCGUUGCUAAAUAAUGCGGAUGUACCUCAAGAGCUCGCAGAAUUUGUUCCUGGCGGCCCAUGGCUAAGGAUUACCAAGCCCGGAUUUCUCUUGCUGAAGCAGAGAGAAGAUAACAGUACUUUAGUGGGGCCGAUGGACGACGCGUUCAGGAUCACGGACGAUCGGGGACAUAGGUACAAUGUGGUGAGGUCAAUAGGUAACUUCAAUCCGGAAUUGCCUGCCUUGGGAGGAGAUAUCGCUAUCAUUGUUUCGAGUUUUCCGAAGUUUUAUCACCCUCAGGUUCUUGUUGUUUCAGUCAUAAAGCAGGGUCUGGAUCAGGGUCAGGAGUCCGAUUGCAUUCGUUGCAGGGUUCGUUGCAGGGGAACCCUCAUAGUCGGGGAGACAUUUCCUGGGUGGCUGUCUACGACUGAUUCUACCAUUUCAUACAGCGCAAGGAGAAUGGGGGAGGACCAGACUUGGUUACUCGAAUAAGUCUACACAACUUCGUUAUAUUCAUCACAAGGCUGGCCCCUGCUAUUCAUAGUUUUUUGCGAGGUCCAAGGAGGUAAAUAUCCUAACAUAAUAGUGCCUGACAGGUCAUAAAAUAGGAUUUCAUAACUGUAGCAGCGUCUGGUGGGGGACGUUCAUAACACGUUUUCCCACUUCGUCGUAGUAAUGGGUAUUCAU